CCGCUGAAGUGGUACAAUCCGAUUUCAAUAUGGCGGCCGCGACUUUGAAAAUCUGAACGGGCAGAGAAGAUAAUAUUCACAUGAAUAAUUUUGUAGUACGCUGCAUCUAUACAUUCAUACGUGUUUUAUUUAAUGUAAUUAUCAUUUCACUGUUGACCAAAGAAUAUGGUGAAGACAGAAGAUGUAUCAACCAUGGCGGACGGCUGGACAGAGGUGUUUGAGAGGAGCCGGUUGGUCCCACCGCCCAGUCAGACAGUCCACCUGGCUGUGGAAAGCCACUUCACCCAGUCCCUUGGCUUCCAGCUCAGCCUCAACCGGCUCACCGCAGCUCACCUCCCGCAGGAGGUGUCAGGGGGCGAAAAUGUGACCUACCAGCUGCGUGUGACCCUGUUUGAUAAAAAUCACCUGUACUUCUUUGGGAAAACAUGGAAGAGUCAGCCUCAGAGGAUGAAAAACAGCAAGAUCUCCUUCAAUGAGGUCCUGUACUUUCAUACAUCUCUGCAGUUGCCCAGCACAGUGGUGGUUCUGGAGCUUGUGUCCUUGUCACCCAGGCCAGACGGCUCCCAGCAUGCCCUGGGGCGAGGCUUCACUCUCUUGGAGCUUUUUACCAACAGACCAGAGGUUCCGACUGAUGGGGACAGAAGGCUGAACUUACACCAUGGAUCACCAAGAGGCCUUCUUCAUCCCCUCCUGAAGGACACUGUUGACUAUGGCAGUCUCCUGAAGACCAUUGAUGGAGCACAUCUGGAAUGUGUGAUUAAAAAUCACCCCGUGCUGGCCUCCGUGAUGCAUCUCCUUCCAGAGAAUGUCCUUAUAUCUGGGGAUGAGAACAUUCCCGGGCUUGCAGCUUCUCCAACAGGAGAUGCUCUGCUGAGGCCUCAGCUGCUCAAGAUGCUCCCCUUCACCCUGAGCAGACUGACCAUCACCCUCCAGCCAUCCCUGGAGAAGUUUGAGAGCCAGCUGCUACAGCUCAUCAAUGCUGACUGCCAAAAUACAAAACAGCCUGGACCGGAAGGUGCACUGAAAACAGUUGUCAUCCAGGAAAGGAGGCUUCACGUCGGAGUCCACAAUGGCUGGUGUUUCCUCAACAAGCCCCAAGUGGUGGUGCUGGAGCCCCUAGCCUCGGGGGCCAGAGGCCGAGCCGACAGCGCCUCCAAACAGAGCACCCUGACCAAGGACAGCUCGACAGCAUCAGCCCCUCCUCAGAUGCUGGGCCUUCGGAGCAACUUGGACCUCAGGCUGACCAACCAUCCAGCUUUGGCAAUCGUCUUCCAGCUGGAGUUUGUCUUCUCUGCUCCAAUCGGCCGGGAGACGAUGCUGUCUGCCACCUCCACAUCCCGAGCAGCCUUCUUGCAGUGCCUUCGUUGGGGGAUCUGGUGCCCCUUCAAGGAGCCGGCUGACUGGAAGGGGGGAGAGAUACGGCUUGCUCUGCAAGGAGGCGCGAAGCCAAACCCUUACGGAGUCAUGGUCUACAGCACAGAGAUGCCUGCCAAGAGUCAGAGCCCUGCGCCACUCUCAGCCCCAGGCACAGCUCAGGGACAGGAUACGAUAACGUUUCGGCUGUUGUCCAGUCUGGAGAAGAAGUCACCCAGCCCAAAGGCUUCUCUGAGGACAAAGCAGCAGGAUGCAUCACGUCAGAGACGAUCACCUUCAUCACCUUCACAGGGUCGAAAAUAUGUUCCACCAGCUUCUCCACCGGAUUCUCCUCAAGGCCCCGGGCUCUCACUGUCUCAGCUGGCAGCUACUUCACGCUACCCGACCAUCAGCCACUCCAGCUCGGCGUUACCAUGGCAACAGUCGUUUCCUUCUCUGCUCCAUCCUUCCCCGUUGGCAUCGGCCCACCAGCUGUCACAUGUCGCCUACUCAGGUGUCAGCAACAUAGCCCACCUGGAAAUGGACCUUCAGCGGGAUGGGGACGUGUCACCUUCAGCUCUAGAUGAAGGAGACCAACUUCAGGAGCUGCCCUUCACCCCUGUCCAUGCCCCUGUCAUCACACUGGGGAUGAACGUGCCUAGUUCCUGCUCAGUCAGCUCCAGGAGCUCAAUGGCACACCUCUACUCCGCUGGCUUCCCUGACAUUGUCGACUGUAGCGGGCAGGUGGCGGAAGUCCUGGACCCCACAGAGCCCGUGCCCUUUGACCCCCAGCGCGAGGAGACUGACCAGCUACAGGGCAACCUGCUGGUGUUCCAGUUUCUGGCGUUUAGCAGAAUCCCAACAGCGGGUGUCGGUCCCAAUUGGCCCGACAACAUCUACUUCACCUUCCAGUUCUAUCGCUUUCCACCUGUCACAUCGCAGCAGCUCAAACUGCUGACCAGUGACAAGGUUCAACAGAAAGUUGGCGAUCCACUUCCCUGUGUGCUGGCCUCUAUCAACAAAGACGGCACUGUCAACACUGCCUCUCCGGGCCUGCAGGUGCAGUUCAGAGUAGAUGAUGGUUUCCUGAGGCCAGGAGAGAAGCGUUGGUUCCUGCGCUACCUGGCCCUCCACACCAUGCACGUCGACAUCUGGGACAGCGACUCACUGCUCCUCAUCGGUUCUACCGCCAUAGAGCUCAAGUACAUGUUGCGUCAGGGUAAGUCAGCUGUGCAGGCCCUUCAUGAGGUGGAGGUUCUGACCACUGAUUAUGUCGGAGAGGACACCCUGCUGACUAGCGCAGAUUUGGGCCAACGGUCAGCCAUCAGCCCCAUGACGGUCCACACCAUUGUCAGGGGCCGGCUACACAUACGCACAGGCAACAUAGGGUGCCCUGCAGAUCAGAGCAGGCGGGCAGCAGAAGCCAUGCAGUCUCAUUCUCACAUCAUCACACCUCGCGAAGUAACGGGCGGCUUCAGAGGAGGAAGCCUGACCUCCAGGAACAUCCUCCAACUCAAUGCCGCUAACACUGCACAGGCACACAGACUGGAAAUAGAUCGCGUGCCGUCAUUCAGACGUGGGAUCAGAGCUGACACCGUCGUGCCUGGAGAGCACAGCCUAAACGGGCCCGACGAUGAGCGCCACAAGCUCAACUGCAUGGCCGCCGUACGGCAGCGGGAGGGCAAGGAAGAUGCCAAAGCAUCUAAGGUCACGGAUCGGAAUAAGGAAGCCCGGUUGGCCAAAGAACUUUAUCCAAUCAAACCCACUGAAGAGCGCAAUAAAGCGGAGGGCAUUGCCAACAUGCUGAGCCAGGCCAUCACCACCCAGCACCUGCUCUACGCCAGCCUGGGCUCUGCUGAGUACAUGGAGUUUGUCCUUAAAAAUCCCUUCAAUGUACCUCAGACGGUCACUAUUCACAGCGACGACCCUGAGCUCAGUGUCAUCACUAACACAGACGAGUGGGGUUACUUCAAAGCACUAACCAAAACUCUGACUCCGCUGGAGGAGAACAUGUUCCACUUGGAGGAUGGUACUGCAGGUCCCAGGGUUUACCUAAGACCCAAGGAAAGCAUCCAUAUUCCCCUGAAGUACCAGAGCUUUCUCUGCGACCACACCAUGAGCCCUCAGGGACCAAGCUUCCUGCCUACAGGCAAAGGUUCUCAGGUGGCCAAGAAGAAUCUUUCCAACAUUGUUGCUGCCAAGACUGUCAAGGUUACAUUCAAAGCUGAAGACGGCAAGCCGAUGGCCAUCUGCCAGGUGAACGUGGAGCCAACGCCUCAUGUUGUCGACCAGACUUUCCGACUUUAUCACCCUGAGCUUUGCUUCCUCAAGAAAGCCAUCCGCCUGCCACCCUGGCAUGACCCCACAGUUGGAGACCCAAGUGCCAGGAUGCGCAUAUCUGUACGCUGCAGUGACCCUAACGUCAUCUGCCAGACAAGGAUGCUGGUACCAGGGGAGCCCCAGGAUGUGUACUUGAAAGUGCCAGGGAGUCCCAGUCCACACAUAAAAAUGUUCUUUGUGAUGGUUUUUACUGACAAGUGGAUGGCAGCGCCCUCCCAGAUCUGGCAGAUUUACGUGCAUUUCCUGGAGCGGGUGGAUGUCAGCUGUGUGAGUGGCCAGCGGAGCUGUCAAUCACUGGUGCUGAGGGGGCGGCAAGCUGUUCGCAAGGUCAAAUGUUUCUCAUCACACCCCCAGGAGAUUGAGGUGGACCCAGACAGUGUGUUCAUUCUGCCUCCUGCAGCAGUGCAGGAACUCCAGCUGAAGGUGCAACCAUGGCGGGCAGGAAGUCGCUUCUUGUAUGUGAACGCAGUGGACGUUGAGCACCGGCGGCUCGUCACCUCCUGGCUGCUCUGUCUCAACGUCCACCGACCCAUACUGUCAAAGGCGUUUGAAGUGUCCGUUCCAGUCAGCGGCUGGCGUGGCAACUCCAGGAAAAUCACCUACGUCAACCCCUACACCAGCAGCCGCACGUUUCUGCUCCGCUCGGACCAUCCAGACCUGCUUCAGUUCAAAGAGGAUAAAUUCCAGAUCGGCGGGGGAGAGAGCUACUCCAUCGGGCUAAGAUUCGCCCCCAGCCAGAGUCCCGGCUCAACGGAGAUCCUCGUCUACGUGAACAACCUGGAGGAGAAGACGGAGGAGACGUUCUGCGUAAAAGUCAAUUACUCAUGAUUAUGCUCGCGAAGACAGCGAGUUACAACUGCUUCCUGGAAAGGUGUACUGGUUUGUGUUCCAGGUGUAUUUUUCUUUGCAUUACAUUGAACUAAAAUGAGUACUUUUUUCUACUUGGUGUUUUGAACUUUGUAGUCCUUUAUAUUUUUAGACAGAAAUAAACUUUCUUUUGUAAUUGCAUUAUUGUUUCUGUUUAGUUUUUCAGAUCUUUUGUACAGGGAUGAAUGAAUGAGAGGGUUUGUGCUGCUUCAUGAACUUUAAACAGACACCUGAACAUGACACUUCACUCAAACUAAUAUUAAAAGUAUUUCUGUGCAUUAAAGAGACAUUGAUGGUGUGAAAAAAAAAUCUUCAAAAGUAACUAAAUAUAUACAUGAUUUUGUGUUGUGUUAUCAGCAAAGUAGCAAAAAAAAAAACAAAAUCAAACCCCCAACAACACUAAGUCUCAAUUGUGAUCCGUCCCCCUCCGAAAUGUCCGGCAAAUGUCUGUCAAAAGGUGGACCGAGGGUGAAGGCAA